AUAACGUGUCCUAUGUAAUUCACAUUUAUAUUUGAUAUGUUUGUCUUUUUGCUAACAGUAUGACAAAGUGAUUUAAUAAUUAAUAUUUUAAUAGACAUAAUUUCUUCAGUUUUAGGAUAUUUCAAACAUGUCUAGUCGUGAGGCUCCAGCAUCUAUUUCAGCUAUUCGUAAUCCAAACAGUCAGCUUGCUGGUCUACCACCUAGACCUCCUCUUUCAGAUGCCGCUUUGUUUUCUUUGAUUUUAACUGUUCGGGAGGCUGGUCGGCGUUUAGCAAUGAGUGAUUACGCCAUCGCCACAGCUUGCACAAUAUUACACCGAGCUCUACGUGUUCUCACUACUGGUGAUGAACAACCAGUUGCAACACUCGCUACUUCUGGGUCAACAACUGUCAAUGGAUCUGAUUCAGUUUCUGGUUUCGACUCAAUCGACCAAUCUUUUAAACAUAGCUUGGGAGAUAUCGAUGCACAUACGAUCGCUAUGGCAUCUAUCAGCCUUGGCGGUAAAGUACAAGAAGAACACCAACGGCUGCGUGAUGUGAUUGUUUCUUAUUACAGGACACUUCACAAAAACCGUCGUAGUCCUUUGGAAGUCGGUGAUGAUUAUGAUCGUUUACGGGAAAGUCUUGUACAAACUGAAUUAUUUCUGAUGCGACUGUUAGCUUAUCACGUUCGUCGUCCCUCUCUACCACAUCCAUAUCUAGUUCAUUAUCUUCAUUCAUUACUCCAUUGGGUUGGUAAAGGUAUAGCACAACCAUGCGGGUCCGAUUUGAACGCUGGUGGAAAUUCAGUAAAUGCUUCUGCAAUUGCAUUAGCACGACUUCCUGGUUUGGCUUGGUCAAUACUGGCGGAUUCUUAUCAGUCAGCUAUGUGUUUAGAUUUCGCCCCAGAGCAUAUCGCUGCAGCCGUACUGCAUUUAGCUUUACGGAUUGCUGGUGUUGAAAUACCUGGUAAUCGACACUCUGAAAUGGCCUGGUGGCAGGCUAUUUCAGAUAGUUUGUCCCGUGAAAUAGUUGAACAAAUCCAACUUCGAGUAAUGGAUAUUUAUGCAGUGGAUGAUAAAUUUAAAGCCAGUACACUUAAUCGUUUCACUGAUGAAUUUUGA